UGCUGCUCAAUACAAAGUAUGCCUCUGACUAAACCUCCACCACCACCACCAAAACCCAAUUUCGGUGAACCUUCCACACCGGAAGAUUUUAAUGAAAAAUUUAAGGCAAAGGCUACUACAAAAUACAUGAACCCUUGUGCAUUAGAAGAAAAGCAAAGUAUGAAAUGUCUAGAUGAAAACAACUAUGACAAGCAAAAAUGCGAUUACUUUUUUAUGCAAUACCGUGAAUGCAAAAAGAAAUGGAUGGAACAGAGACGAGCACUUCGACGAUCUGGCCAAUUAUAAACUUGUGCAUUCUCAGCAAGCUAGCAGCAAAAUAUAAAUUUUGCAAAUUGUAUUACAAAAUGAUUAUAAUCUCGCCAAGUUUUACCCUGUCCUCCAACAUAUAAACUCGCUCCCCUUUUCAUUCUAAAAGCGAAAUGUCAAAUGUACCAAGUGAAUAAAAAGGCAUGAUAUCAGAACGAUAUUUAUUCAAUAAAAUGAUGUUAAAGCUU